AUGAUUAAUUAUUCCUAAUUAUAUUAAGCAUAAGAUUUAUUAUAAAUUAAAUUAAAAAAGAUACAAGUGUUUCUUUGUCAAAGUUUAGAACAUGAAGGAAGUUCAAUUAUCUGUUUUUGCCUUUCUGCUGAUUGUCAGGAACCUAAAUCGCAAUUUUGCGUUAAUUGUUUAAUCAAUCCCCAAAAACAUUUAAAUUAUAGAAUUGACUGUAAGCCAUUUGAUAAAAUUGAUACACUACUAGAUUUAAUUCUAUAUAAGUUAGAUAAAAUGCUAGAAUAGACUGAUUAGAAGUUUGAAUAGUUAAAGUUAGAGUAUGAAAAAACAAUCAAAAUUAUUUAAAAAGAAUAGGAAAAGUUUUAGGAGAUAGUCAAAAACUUGAAAGAAUAAAAAUUCAAGGAAUUUCUUGAUAAUAUUGGCAAAAUAAAGAAUUGGAAUACAAAAAUAAAAUCGAAUUAAUUUGAGAAAGAAAUUAUUGAUCUCUGUAUUAGUAAUUUACUAUUAGGGUUGAAACAAGGAAUCGAAUUAAUAAACUAGAAGGAAUACUAAAGCGCUUUUGUAAAAUUUGGGAAAGUUUUAAAAGUAGAUUCAAAUAAUCCAUUGGCAACAUUUUACUAAUGUAAAAUAUAAUAAAAAUAAGAUGUUACAUUUUUUAUUAAUAUACACAAUUUGAAAUAAUAUGAAUAAGCAAUAAUCUGCCAUGAUCAAGACAUUUCAAUUGAGUCAAAAGAUGUUAAUGCCUAUAAUAACAAAGGUAUUAUUUAUUUUAUUUUAGCAAUUUCCUUAUUUUUUUUUAUUUUUUAAAGAUAUAAUGUUUGA